UAUUAAGAUCUUUGAUAAAAAUAUGGGAUCAAUUGAAUGAUUAUUUGCCACAAUUAGUAUUAUAUCACAACAUUGAUAAUAUGACAAAACAGGUGAUUGAAAGCACGUGAUAAACACGUGUGGAUUAUAUCUUAAUGUAAACAAACUGUAAGUCAAUGAAGCCUUUGGUUAGAGUUUUGUCUUUAAAUCAAAUGUCUUAUCAAAAGACAUACAAUAUUCAGAUGCAAGUAAUGGCAAAGAUAAAGGAGUUGUUAAAUAAAGGGAUCAAUUCAGUGACUGACAAUACAUUGAUAUUAGUAGAGCACAAACCGGUUUACACGAUUGGCAUCCGAAGCAAACCAUAUGAAGAUCCACUUCUUGAAAGACGACUGCGAACUUUGGGCGCCGACUUUGUCCACACAAAUAGAGGCGGUUUAAUCACAUUUCAUGGAUUGGGACAACUCGUCGCUUAUCCCAUAUUAUACUUACCAUCAUUUGAUCUCAACAAUAGCAUCAAAUGUUACGUACGAAGACUUGAAUCAACUAUUAUUGAUUUAUGUAAAGAGUUUGGAGUCAAAAGUUCAACAAUGGAUGGUUUACCGGGUGUUUGGGUGGCCAACGAUCGCAAAAUAGCUGCCAUUGGUAUCCAUUGUAGUCAAUAUGUUACCUGUCAUGGAAUAGCCAUCAACUGUAACGUUGAUCUCAAAUGGUUUCAAGAGAUCAUACCGUGCGGUAUAACAGAUAAAACAGUGACUUCUUUAUCAAAUGAACUCAAACGUGAUGUUAAUAUCAAUGAAGUUAUGCCUAAACUUUUGAAAUCAUUUCAAACUAAUUUUAAUUGUAAUUUUCAAUAACAUAAACUAAUUUAAACAUAAUAUAAAUGAUAAAAUAUAGAU